ACACCUCAAGUCGUUCUUUCCUGGCCGGCACUGCCUCUGUAAGGACGUAGGACGCAAAGAUGUGGUUUCUGCUGAUCGAACACCUCGUCUUUGUGCUGGUGCUUUCCAUACUCCUAAGCAUCUUCGUCAACAAGGGGACGGAUGAACUGUUGAGAGUUGUCCUCCUUGGACUGAAGGCCCUCCCUGGGGUGAGCGGUCUUCUGGUGAAGGUCCUCAGAAACGAAGCCACUAACUUCAUCAAGCAGGUGAACCUCGGGAGCAAAGAUGGCACCAAGCCUGCAAAAGUAGUCAUUCCUGAAAAAGGUAUCGAGCCGAAAGUGCUGCUGAAGGAGAUGGAAGAAAUGAGGGAAGCAGAGGUGAACCACAUCGACGGCAAGAUCUUCGCCUAUACCUACACUUUGGAGGACGACCACCUCCAAAUGCAAAAAGAUAGCUUCAACCUUUUCCAGGAGAAGAUCGGCCACUCAGUAGAUCAUGAUGAAUUAGUGAAACAGUUCCAGAUGGCUUUUCUACACGAAAACGCUCUUAACCCCAUGUUGUACCCGAGUCUCAGAAAGAUGGAAACGGAAAUCGUGAGCAUGACAGCCAACAUGUUGAACGGUGACGAGGAAACAGCAGGCUUCUUGACUUCCGGUGGAACUGAAAGUGUCCUGAUGGCGGUAAAGACCUACCGAGACAGAGCACAGAAACUCUUCCCAACCAUCAAGAACCCUGAGAUUAUAGCCCCAACCACUAUCCACCCAGUGAUGGACAAAGCUGCGGCCUACUUUGGCCUGAAGGUCAUACAUGUUCCUGUCGAUAGUGAUCUCAGAGCUGAUGUUGAAGCUAUGGAGAAGGCUAUCACACCAAACACUAUCCUGCUGGCUGCGUCCGCCCCCCAGUUUUGUCAUGGGAUCGUGGACCCAAUUGAAGAGUUAUCCAACGUGGCUGUAAAAAGAAGCUUACCUCUACACAUUGAUGCCUGUUUUGGAGGUUUCAUGUUACCCUGGGUCGAGAAACUUGGCUAUCCCAUUCCCAAGUGGGACUUCCGGUGCCCAGGUGUGACGUCAAUAUCAGCAGAUGUCCACAAGUACGGCUUUACUGUCAAGGGGGCGAGUGUCAUCGCCUACAGGAACUCCGACCUACGGAAAUAUCAGAUCUUCACGUACGCUGAGUGGCCUGGUGGCCUGUAUGGCUCUCCUAGUCUUGCCGGGACCAGGCCUGGUGGCAACAUAGCGGCUGCCUGGGCCUCUAUGAAAGGGUUGGGAGUUGAAGGAUAUCUGGAGAAAGCUAAAGUACUGAUGGACCUAACAGAAAAAAUGAAGGAAGGUGUGAGAAAGACAGACGGUAUCUGCAUCAUGGGAGAUCCCGUUAUGACCUGCUUCGCUGUUGGUUCCGCUGACGAUCAAGUGGACAUUUUGGCUGUAGCCGACGCCAUGGAGACAAGAGGCUGGAAGAUUGAGAGAACACAGAAGCCAAACAGUUUCCAUUGCUCAAUCCUGCCUCAUCACCAGUAUUCUGCGGACGCCUUCACAACCGACCUGGAGUCUUCCGUCAAAGAAUGCCGGAACAACCAGUCGCUGUCUAAGAAAGGGACUGCUGGUAUGUAUGGCAUGAUGGCGUCGGUACCAGACAAGGCUAUCAUCAACGAUUUCAUCAAAGAAUUCUUCAGCGAAGUCUACAAAGUGCAGUAACUACCCACGACACCUUUGACAAGAAUGUUUGCUGCACUGAACAAUGCGCUGUCGACUGUGAUGCCAUGAGACGCCAUGUACACGCAAAGAACUUGGUUGUUCGAUGCCAGCCAUACGUUUUUAAGCUCAUAUGUACUUUAUCAGAUUAAUUAUCAGAGAAAUAUGUUUGCUUAGUUAUUCAAGGUUCAUACAAGUUUGAAAAGGCCUUGAAUUUUAGUAUCAACCUUGAAAAGCCUUGAAAAUCAAACUAGCUUGAAACGCCUUGAAUUUGUACAAAAUUCCAUAUAUUUGUUAAUAAAAAUAUUAAAAUUCA